AUGGACAAUGAAGCCGCCGGUAGCGUGUCGUUGGAGGACGUCAAGAACGAGAUCGUCGAUCUUGAGAAAUUUCCGGUGGAAGAGGUCUUCCAACAGCUGAAAUGCAGCAAGGAGGGCCUCACCACCGCCGACGGUGAGCAACGGCUGAGGCUCUUCGGCCCCAACAAGCUUGAGGAAAAGAAGGAGAGCAAGCUCCUCAAGUUCCUGGGGUUCAUGUGGAAUCCGCUGUCGUGGGUCAUGGAGAUAGCCGCCAUCAUGGCCAUUGCGUUGGCCAAUGGAGGGGGCAAGCCACCAGAUUGGCAGGACUUCAUUGGAAUCAUCGUUCUCCUCGUCAUCAACUCAACCAUCAGCUUCAUCGAGGAGAACAACGCCGGAAAUGCUGCCGCCGCCCUCAUGGCUGGCCUCGCUCCCAAGACUAAGGUAUUGAGGGACGGGAGAUGGUCGGAGCAGGACGCUGCGAUCCUUGUUCCAGGCGACAUCAUCAGCAUCAAGCUCGGCGACAUCAUUCCAGCUGACGCCCGCCUCCUUGAGGGCGACCCGCUCAAGAUCGACCAGUCCGCCCUCACCGGAGAGUCCCUCCCCGUAACCAAGUACCCCGGUGACGGGAUCUUCUCGGGCUCGACGUGCAAGCAAGGAGAGAUCGAGGCCGUCGUCAUUGCCACGGGCGUCCACACCUUCUUCGGCAAAGCCGCGCACCUGGUCGACAGCACCAACAACAUCGGCCACUUCCAGAAGGUGCUCACCGCAAUCGGCAACUUCUGCAUCUGCUCGAUCGCGGUAGGCAUGCUCGUAGAAGUCAUCGUCAUGUACCCCGUCCAGCACCGCAGAUACAGGGACGGCAUCGACAACCUCCUCGUGCUGCUUAUCGGUGGAAUUCCGAUCGCAAUGCCCACCGUGCUGUCCGUCACGAUGGCGAUCGGGUCCCACCGGCUGUCAGAGCAGGGGGCCAUCACCAAGAGGAUGACAGCCAUCGAGGAGAUGGCCGGAAUGGACGUGCUUUGUAGCGACAAAACCGGCACACUGACACUCAACAAGCUCACUGUAGACAAAAACUUGAUCGAGGUGUUCGUGAAGGACGUGGACAAGGACAUGGUUGUUAUUUAUGCAGCAAGGGCUUCCCGAGUAGAGAACCAAGAUGCCAUUGAUACUUGCAUUGUGGGAAUGUUAGCUGAUCCCAAGGAGGCAAGGGAAGGGAUUGAGGAACUUCAUUUCCUGCCUUUCAAUCCAGUGGAUAAGCGCACGGCGAUCACCUACAUCGAUUCAAAGGGCAAAUGGCAUCGCGCUAGCAAGGGAGCUCCUGAGCAGAUCAUUGACCUCUGCAACUUGCGAGAAGGUGCUAGGAAAAAGGUCCAUGCGAUGAUCAGCAAGUUCGCCGAACGUGGCCUCCGUGCACUUGGUGUGGCAAGGCAGGAGGUGCCAGAGGCAAGCAAGGAGAGCACCGGCGGUCCAUGGCAAUUCCUGGGUUUAUUGCCACUCUUCGAUCCUCCGAGGCAUGACAGCGCUGAGACCAUCCGCCGUGCCCUCAACCUCGGGGUUAAUGUAAAGAUGAUCACCGGAGACCAGCUCGCCAUUGCCAAAGAGACUGGGCGCAGGCUCGGGAUGGGCACCAACAUGUACCCUUCCUCCACCCUCCUCAACGGGGAGAGCGAUGAAACCAAACACCUGCCCAUUGACGAGCUCAUCGAGAAGGCCGACGGCUUUGCUGGAGUAUUCCCCGAGCACAAGUAUGAAAUCGUAAGGAGGCUUCAGGAGAAGAAGCACAUCUGCGGCAUGACCGGCGACGGCGUCAACGACGCGCCGGCUCUGAAGAAAGCCGACAUCGGCAUCGCGGUGGCGGAUGCGACGGACGCGGCGCGGAGCGCUUCGGACAUCGUCCUCACGGAGCCGGGUCUGAGCGUGAUCGUGAGCGCGGUGCUGACUAGCCGCGCCAUCUUCCAGCGUAUGAAGAAUUACACCAUCUACGCUGUCUCCAUCACCAUCCGCAUAGUGCUCGGCUUCCUGCUCAUCGCUCUCAUCUGGCGCUUCGACUUCUCGCCCUUCAUGGUCCUCGUCAUCGCCAUUCUAAACGAUGGCACCAUCAUGACCAUCUCCAAGGACCGCGUCAAGCCCUCCCCGCAGCCGGACUCAUGGAAGCUUCGAGAAAUCUUCUCCACCGGGAUCGUUCUCGGUGCUUAUCUCGCCAUUAUGACCGUCGUCUUCUUCCGCAUCGUUCGCGACACUGAUUUCUUCCCUAAAAUCUUUGGGGUGAAAUCAAUCAGGUACAAUGAUCAAGAGAUAACGGCGGCCUUGUAUCUCCAAGUCAGCAUCAUCAGUCAGGCACUCAUCUUCGUAACUAGAUCCAUGAGUUGGUCCUUCAUCGAGCGCCCCGGUCUCUUGCUGGUCUUUGCCUUCAUUACUGCGCAACUUGUGGCCACAUGCAUCGCUGUGUAUGCCAGAUGGGGCUUUGCAAGGAUCCAUGGCAUCGGAUGGGGGUGGGCAGCUAUCAUUUGGCUCUACAGCUUCAUUACCUACUUCCCUCUCGACAUUCUCAAGUUCGUCAUCCGCUAUGGUCUUAGUGGUAGGGCGUGGGACAACCUUAUCCAGAACAAGACGGCCUUCACCUCCAAGAAGGAUUACGGCAAAGGUGAGAGAGAGGCGCAAUGGGCGAUGGCUCAGAGGUCCUUGCAUGGACUGCAACCGGAGUCCUCAGGCAUCUUCGACGACAGUUACAGCUACAGGGAGAUGUCGGAGAUCGCCGAGCAGGCGAUGAAGCGAGCCGAGGUCGCCAGGCUGAGGGAGCUGCACACUCUCAAAGGUCACGUCGAGACGGUAGUGAAGCUGAAAGGGAUCGAUAUCGAGAAUAUACAACAGCAUUACACUGUCUGA